UAAAUAUCUACAAAAGAUUUCGUUUGUGGAAUUUUGAAAAUAAAAUCAACUCGCGCCCGGCGGGAGACGGGCUUAUACGCUAGUUUAGUAUAUUUUAGUUUAGUCAUAGUUCUUGCUAUUAAAUUAUUGAUUAAUGAGCAAUUGCUAAAUUGGAGAACAGUGCUAAAUUGUUACCUGACCAUGUAAUACUCUCCACGGAAUAUAUUGAUCAAGUUCGAUUUCAUUUUUACAUCUGGAAAGAAGAGAAGAUUUAUUGGUUACCUUGAUGUAGGUUUACCCUUAUUUGGAUGGAACUACUCCAAUAAAAGUGAAUUGCAAAUAAACAAGACAUUAGACGAUGGCUGUCAAAGUGAACCCAAUCUGCGCCACAUAUCUUCUGGAUAAUCCGAAAGAACUGUUAGAAUGCUUCUCACAGGGAUGGACUUACCCGAACCGCCCUAUUUUGAUUAACAAAAAGUACCCGUACAAACUGUUGUACGCUAUCAGCCCUGACGAUUUUGCACUCCAAAUAAACGACAGAAUUUCGUCUGCUAUCCAGUACCAGGUUAAGGAAGCUUGUAAACGUCACAAACAAAACGUUAAAAUGUAUCGUGUCAAACCGAUCGACAUUGCUUUCUUGGUUGACAUGCUUCCAGUGGUUGUUAGAGAUCAGCAUGGAAAAUAUCAUCGAGCCGAAAUCAACAGCAUCAAUACUGAAAAGAAGAAUGUCUGUGUGCACUUUGUGGAUUUGGGAGAAGAUGGUUGGGUGGCGGCAACGACCGUGUAUCCGCCCUCAACCGACCUUCUGCGUUACCCAAAGUUGGCUUUACUGUGUCGCUUGGCUCAAGUAGUGCCCUUUGGACGGAUGAAGAAAUGGAGAAAAUAUGAUUACGCAAAGCUGUUCGAUGCGAAGAAAAGUUCCUACUUCAGCAUCUCCAUUGUUGACCGAGGGGUGCACCAGGUGUACUUGGAAUGUGACAAGCAAGAUAUUGGGUAUAAAAUGGUCAUGAACCUUGGACUUGCUGAUUAUGUGCCACUAAUCUGCGAGUAUAAUAAUAAUGAUGGCUAUGCGAAUCGAGCAGCAAAAAAGAUGCUGGGGAAGUACCCACGAUAUGAUUUCUGCGACUGGAUUGGACAACAACUUGCUGCAUUUGGGACUCUAGUUAGAAGGGUAGGCAAGAAUGGCCAUAUCAAGAUUCACCUUCAGCUGGAUUCAAAUAUUAUGCAAGUAGUAAACGACAUGCUUGAUCAAUUGGAAAAAUUCCCUGACUACCUGAAAAAUUCGAGAGACUUUGCAAAGGAGGUAGGAGACGCUGUUCUGGUGCGCCAUGGGGCUGAUAAAACUAAAUAUCGGGCAACAAUAUUUCAGAAAUCGGGAUCUGAAUAUUUGGUGAAACUGGUGGACUAUGGUGACUUUAUAAAUGUAAACGAAAACGAUUUGCUGUUGAUUCCCCGCAUGUUGGUGAGCGUCCCAGAAGCAGCUACGCCGUGUUAUUUGGCGGAAUUACUUGCAAUUAAUCCGACUAAGCAGACCGAUAAACUAGCAGAUAUGCUUAAUGAAUUGAUAACAGAAAAAGAUCUCUAUUGUCGCAUUGGAUUUGUAGAUUACAUUGAUAGACAAGAUCCAUGGGACGCUCGAAAAUGUAUUGUUACCCUUGAGAGAGAAGAGGAUGGAAAACCGUUCAGCGAAAUUUUGCAAGUUCCCAAAGUGAACCUUUCUCAGUCAUAUACUCAUCGAUUUCCAAGAGUUAGUGAGAGUUUGGCAGCAAUGCUACUUGGGUCAGAUUCGGCCUAUUUUCCUGGCGUAAGAUAUAAAGGAUUCGUCUCUUGUGUGGUGGACCAUGAAUCUGUCUGGCUUCAGCUGGAAGGGGAUGAUAUUCGUGCAGAAGAAUUGACUGUGGAGCUAAACGAUUUCUACUCCAAAUGGAGUGAUUGUUUGAAACUUGAUUCAGAUGCACUUGUACCGGGCAUAUACGUUGGAGCUCAACAAAAUGAUGAAGAUGAUACGAGGUUUUAUCGGGCCCUAAUAACAGAGAUUUUUCCAGACAUGAAGAAGUACAAAGUCAUAUUUUUGGACUAUGGGAAUAACGACGUCGUUCCUAUCGGAAUGAUGAAACCGUUGCCCGCUUACUUUUGCAAGGAUAAAUGCUUCGCUAUCCAAAUAGCUUUACCGUUAGAAUUUCUUCCGGAAGCGAAUCCAGACACAUUUUUAGAAUGGAUUGCAUGCUUGAACAAUGCUGAAGAUCUUUCCGUGUACAUUCAAGAUGUGGAUGGAAUUAAUUUUGGGUGGAUUUUUUCAAAAGAAACCUCAAUAGCUCAUGACGUGGUCAGAAAUAAUACGCAUCUUGUUAAAUUGAAAAUUCCCUGUGAGAAGCUUCCCUUUGAAGUUGAACCACAACUUUUGGAAUUCUGAUGUGGUAAUACAACAUCUCGUUUUAAUUGAAAAUUAUUAUGCAUUAAUAAUUUAUGCUAUAUUCCUGCUAUUACUAUUUCACAUAUUAAUGCAAUGCUCCUGAAUUUUUACUUGUUUAUUUUCCCUUUAACUGUAUUUCAAAAUCCCAGUACUUACAAAAAUAUUACAUUACAAUCUUAUCUGCACGUGUUUUAUGUUUUACAAUAAUUCAUUUUACACAAAUGUCCUGAAGCAACAUAUGGAAGUACAUAUUCAAUUAUGUAAGUAGACCACAAUAAAUACUCAUCAUAUCAACUAAUA